UGUUUAAGGAAUAUAAGAAGUGUUUUAAUCAAAUGGCGUAACUAGUGAAUAUUUGUCUUUUGCGAAGUGAACGUUGAAGAGGAGCAGAACUCCAAAAGAAACCGGAUUUUUGGAGCAAAGCUUCAGAUAAAUUUUCGCGAGUUAUGAGAGAAAAAGUUAUUUUAUCAUGGCUCCUUGUGGGCCUAAGUGUGGGCCUCUUGGAGGCCGUAGAUAUUUGUCAUACGGAACCGGAUGGCACCAUUGUACCGGAUCCCCUGGAUUGCAGUCAAUUUCUAGUGUGCAGCGGUGGUGCCAUUGAAUACAUAAUGUCCUGUCCCAACGGUCUGCAUUUCAAUAAUGACCUAAAGAUUUGUGAUUUCAAAGAAAAUGCCGAUUGUGUGCCGCUGGGUGUGAAAAAUGCAGCUGCAAAAUUAUUGCCAGCAUCGACAGGUCCGUCGGGUACGACAUGCCUUAAUAAUGGGCAAUGUGAUGGUAUGCCCGACGGUACCUUGUUUGCUGCACCCAAUUCGAAUGGUUAUAUUGUGUGUCAGUGUGAAUGUGAAAUUGUAAUGCCAUGUGCCCCAGGAACGGCCUUUAAUGAGGCCUUGCAAGUGUGCGAUUACAUUGACUGCGAUGGCAAUGGAAAUUGCAGUCCAUCGCCUUCUCCUGGACCAUCUCCCUCACCCUCGCCUUCUCCAGGGCCAACUCCAUCGCCAUCACCUACACCUGGGCCAUCUCCAACGCCCUCACCUACACCUGGGCCAUCUCCCUCGCCUUCCCCAUCACCGGGCCCUGAAUGUUCUGACAACGAUAGUGGACUCUGCCAAGGAAAACCCAAUGGUUACUUGCUUCCAGGAGCCAACUCCAACAGUUACAUUCAAUGUAUAAAUGAAUGCGAAGUACCCGAAAAAUGCCCAUCCGGAACAGAUUUUAAUGCUGAUUUACAGAAAUGUGAAGAAGGUAGUGGAGGUGGUUCUCCGACCCCCUCACCGACGCCCUCACCCUCACCCUCACCUUCUCCUGGCCCAUCUCCCUCGCCUUCCCCCGGCCCAAGCUGUUCUUCUUCCGACACAGGCCUAUGUUCCGGAAAGCCCGAUGGUACCCUUCUCAAGGAUCCCAACACGACUGGUUACAUACAAUGCCAAAAUGGCUGUGAAAUUCCAAUGUCCUGCCCCGCUGGAACAACCUACAAUGAGGCCUUGAAGAUUUGCGACCAAACGGAAUGCUCUGGCAAUGGCAGCUGCAGUGGAGGAGGUUCUCCCAGCCCCGCUUGCAUUGAUCCUGGUAUGUGCGCUGGAAAACCUGCAGGAACCCUGCUCGCUGACCCCAAUUCGAUGGGUUACAUUGUUUGUGUCCAUGGAUGCGAAUAUGCCAUGCCAUGUGCCCCAGGAACGGCCUUUAAUGAGGCCUUGCAAGUGUGCGAUCACAUUGCGUGCGGUGGCAAUGGAAACUGCAGUCCAUCGCCUUCACCUUCUCCAGGACCAACGCCUUCACCUGCUCCAGGACCAUCGCCUUCACCUUCCCCAGGACCAACGCCUUCACCUUCUCCAGGACCAACGCCUACACCUGCUCCAGGACCAUCGCCUUCACCUUCUCCAGAACCAACGCCUUCACCUGCUCCAGGACCAACGCCUACUCCUGCUCCAGGACCAACGCCUUCACCUGCUCCAGGACCAUCGCCUUCUCCAGGACCAACGCCUACUCCUGCUCCAGGACCAACGCCUUCACCUUCUCCAGGACCAACGCCUUCACCUGCUCCAGGACCAUCGCCUUCACCUUCUCCAGGACCAACGCCUACUCCUGCUCCAGGACCAUCGCCUUCACCUUCUCCAGGACCAACGCCUACUCCUGCUCCAGGACCAUCGCCUUCUCCAGGACCAACGCCUACUCCUGCUCCAGGACCAACGCCUUCACCUUCUCCAGGACCAACGCCUUCACCUUCUCCAGGACCAACGCCUACUCCUGCUCCAGGACCAACGCCUACUCCUGCUCCAGGACCAACGCCUUCACCUGCUCCAGGACCAUCUCCUUCGCCAUCGCCUUCUCCUGGACCAUCAUGCUCCAGCAUUGACACUGGUUUAUGUGUGGGAAAACCCAACGGAACCCUGCUCAAAGAUACCGAUUCUAAUGGCUUCAUAAAAUGUGAAAAUGGUUGUGAAAACCGAAUGACUUGUCCACCUGGAACCGCCUUCAAUGAGCAAACUCAAUGUUGCUGCGGCGAGGGCUCACCAUCACCUUCCCCAUCGCCAGGCCCAUCACCUGGUCCAGAAUGUUCUGACAACGAUAGUGGUCUCUGCCAGGGAAAACCCAAUGGUUAUCUGCUUCCAGGAGCCAACUCAAACAGUUACAUUCAAUGUAUAAAUGAAUGCGAAGUACCCGAGAAAUGCCCACCCGGAACAUAUUUUAAUGCUGAUUUACAGAAAUGUGAAGAAGGUAGUGGUGGUGGUUCUCCCACCCCCUCACCGACGCCCUCACCGUCACCUUCUCCUGGCCCAUCUCCCUCGCCUUCCCCCGGCCCAAGCUGUUCUGCUUCCGACACAGGCCUAUGUUCCGGAAAGCCCGAUGGUACCCUUCUCAAGGAUCCCAACACGACUGGUUACAUACAAUGCCAAAAUGGCUGUGAAAUUCCAAUGUCCUGCCCCGCUGGAACAACCUACAAUGAGGCCUUGAAGAUUUGCGACCAAACAGAAUGCUCUGGCAAUGGCAGCUGCAGUGGAGGAGGUUCUCCCAGCCCCGCUUGCAUUGAUCCUGGUAUGUGUGCUGGAAAGCCUGAAGGAACCCUGCUCGCCGACCCCAAUUCGAUGGGUUACAUUGUUUGUGUCCAUGGAUGCGAAUAUGCCAUGCCAUGUGCUCCAGGAACGGCCUUUAAUGAGGCCUUGCAAGUGUGCGAUCACAUUGCAUGCGAUGGCAAUGGAAAUUGCAAUCCAUCGCCUUCACCUGCUCCAGGACCAUCGCCUUCACCUUCUCCAGGACCAACGCCUUCACCUGCUCCAGGACCAUCGCCUUCACCUUCUCCAGGACCAACGCCUUCACCUUCUCCAGGACCAACGCCUUCACCUUCUCCAGGACCAACGCCUUCACCUGCUCCAGGACCAUCGCCUUCACCUUCUCCAGGACCAACGCCUUCACCUUCUCCAGGACCAACGCCUUCACCUGCUCCAGGACCAACGCCUUCACCUGCUCCAGGACCAACGCCUUCACCUGCUCCAGGACCAUCGCCUUCACCUUCCCCAGGACCAACGCCUUCACCUUCUCCAGGCCCAUCUCCCUCGCCUUCCCCCGGUCCAAGCUGUUCUGCUUCCGACACAGGCCUAUGUUCCGGAAAGCCCGAUGGUACCCUUCUCAAGGAUCCCAACACGACUGGUUACAUACAAUGCCAAAAUGGCUGUGAAAUUCCAAUGUCCUGCCCCGCUGGAACAACGUACAAUGAGGCCUUGAAGAUUUGCGACCAAACGGAAUGCUCUGGCAAUGGCAGCUGCAGUGGAGGAGGUUCUCCUAGCCCCGCUUGCAUUGAUCCUGGUAUGUGCUUUGGAAAGCCAGAAGGAACUCUGCUCGCCGACCCCAAUUCGAUGGGUUACAUUGUGUGUGUCCAUGGAUGUGAAUAUGCCAUGCCAUGUGCCCCAGGAACGGCCUUUAAUGAGGCCUUGCAAGUGUGCGAUCACAUUGCGUGCAAUGACAAUGGAAACUGCAGUCCAUCGCCUUCUCCUGGACCAUCUCCCUCACCCUCACCUACACCUGGGCCAUCUCCCUCACCCUCGCCUUCUCCUGGACCAACUCCAUCGCCCUCACCUACACCUGGGCCAUCUCCAACGCCCUCACCUACACCUGGGCCAUCUCCAACGCCCUCACCUACACCUGGGCCAUCUCCCUCGCCUUCCCCAACGCCCGGCCCAUCACCUGGUCCAGCAUGUUCUGCCAACGAUAGUGGUCUCUGCCAGGGAAAACCCAAUGGUUACCUGCUUCCAGGAGCCAACUCCAACAGUUACAUUCAAUGUAUAAAUGAAUGCGAAGUACCCGAAAAAUGCCCAUCCGGAACAGUUUUUAAUGCUGAUUUACAGAAAUGUGAAGGUGGUAAUGGAGGUGAUUCUCCGACGCCCUCACCUUCCCCAUCACCAUCUCCUUCGCCAUCCCCAGCCCCUACUUGCUCGGAUUCUGGUCGAUGCCAAGGAAAACCUGACGGCACUAUGUUAACAGAUCCCAAUUCAUCUGGCUACAUUGUAUGUGUAUAUGGAUGUGAAUAUGCCAUGCCCUGUGCUCCGGGAACCGCCUUCAAUGAGGAACUGGAAACAUGUGAUCACAUCGAUUGCGAAGUGAAUGGAAACUGCGGUGGUGACGGCAGUGGUAAUGGUGGCGGCAAUGGCAAUGGCAAUGGCAGCGGUAACGGUAGCGGAAAUGGUGGCGGCAAUGGUGGCGGCAAUGGCAGCGGUAACGGUAGCGGAAAUGGAGGCGGUGACGCCCCCUGGACUGGACCCUCCGGAACUACCUGCUCUCAUGGCGGACGUUGUACCGGCCAACCGGAUGGCACCCUGUUUGCCAAUCCCGAUACCAAGGGUUACAUUGUCUGUCAAUGUGAAUGUGAAAUGGCAAUGUUAUGUGCCCCCGGUACGGCAUUCAAUGAAGCCCUCCAGACUUGCGAUCAUAUCUGAGCGAAUUGCGAGAAAAUUUUAAUCUACAAACCUUGACCAUAAUGAGAAGCUAUUUCGAGAAUUUUUUAUACGUCACGAUUAUUUGAUUGAUUGAUUAAUUGUUCGAUUAAUUUUACACACAUAAAUAAAAAAAAUAGGAAAGCAAUACUACA